AUGCCACAAAACAGCUAUGACGAAUCUCGCAUGGAUAAAAGAGGAAAGUUCAGGAAGUUGGUAACGGAAUUACGUGGCUCCGAGAAACUAGUUGCGCAGCAUUUCGACGACGCAGGUAUUCAUUAUCGCCCAGUCGACUUGAAGUGUAGUCGAUUCGGCUUUUGCAAGCAGUGUUUGAACGCAACAGAGGAUGUUGCUAUUGGGGAGGAUAUGGAAGCCAACCUACAAAUUUGGGCUAAGCCAAAGCAUUUACGUAAAAAGCUUCAAAACCGUGAAGGCUACCGGUUAGGAAAUAAAUGCAAGUCGUCAUGCUAUCUAACGUGGGGGGCUCCUUACCAAACUCCUCAGGCCGUUCGACUGCUAUUGUAUGGCGUGGAGUUCCUGGCCAUACCAUUCAUUGUGUGCCUGAUAUGA